AAAACAAAGAUGGCGGCUGCUUUGCACAGAUUUCUUCUGCAAAAGACUCUGUUCUCGUCUGUAAAAAUGUCUGCUGUCAGGGCAGCGAUUCACACUUCAUUAUCACUUGCAUCAUCUCAUGGAGAUCCACUGGUUGGUGUUUUCAUUUGUUUCUAUUUUAUUACUUGAAAAGAAAAUGUGAAGUGAAUGGAUUGUGAUGCUGGUUUAUAUUUUAAAGUUUACGCUCUGCCCCACCAAAAUUAAAAUGCUGCUCACUUCCCCACAAUUCAAUUUAUUAGCAUUGCAUCCUAUUUUUCAGGAACAUUGGCGAUUUAAGUGCGUAAAGAAUUGAUUUGGGAUUGGGGUGCAAACAAAUGCUAGGAGCUAGCUAGGAGUAAUAGGGGUACCAGCAUGUCGGUAGUUUUAAUCAAUCAACAACACUCACUGUCAUUACCCUGUUUCUGAAGGGGCCGGAUGUGUUGGUAUUUUCAAUGUUCUUGAUUAGAGGUAAAACUUCAAUUUUUCUGAAGGGUAUGAAUUCCUUACUUUUUUGAAAAAUGGUGAUCAAAUUCCCCGGUAUGUUGGCAGUCAAAUCCCCCACCCACCACCGGCGACUUUUCAAAAGUUUACCCAUUCGUCACACUGUUUAUUCACAUGGAAAUAUCCUACUAAGCACAACCGAAAUUCUUAAGUCUCAGAAAACUGUCUUAAAGAUGUUUGUUCAGUUCAAUAAAACUGUUCAUUUCAGAAAGCUUACAUUUAACCCCAUUUACUGGCUUUUCCAAAGGGUCUCUAAUGCCCCAACAAAACAGUGAAUAUAGGAGUAAUGACCCAUGAUCAUGGUGCAUAUUAUGCACAAUGUGGAAAGAAUUACAAAAUCCUUCUGCUUGUGAUGCUGACCAGAAUUUUCACCCGAAAGUCCAAUGCCCCACUGGACAAAUUUCCAAAUUUCCACUGUAAGGAGAAAAACUCCAGUCAAAUGCCUGGGAAUGCUUGGGGGUGGGGAGUGGGGAUGGGUAAUUUUGGAAUUAACAGGUACAUUACCCACUCCUUUUCAGGCUUUCCUGGUUCUUAGGGAUAGUGAUUUAAUAUGGUAUACAGUUUAUUAACAGAAGCAUGAGCUGGUAUACUUCCCUUUCUGACAAAAUUACUUCUAAGAGGCCUGGUAAUUCAUUUUUCUCACCAACAGGUUUUUUUGUGCAUAAUUAUAAGAAAUGACCCUACCUCACUGGGAAAAGUUCACCGUGGAAAACUAGGAGGGGGUGGGGAGUGUCUCUAAAAGAAAAAUAUCAUAACAGAAGUAAAAGGUGUAGUAGGAGUUUUUCUAUGGUGGGGGAGGGUUGAUUUGGAUAUUUUCUAGAAAAGGUGGAAAUGAAUAAGAGUGGGACUCAUUGCAAUAAUAAUGACAGUGUUUUUUGCUUUUGUUUUCUCAAGGGCACUAGACAACGGAGUCCAUCAUUAGAAGAGCAUCAGAGGGAGCGCAUGGCUCGUGGACUGCCUAAGAGGAAGUCUAUACAUGGUGUCAAACAUGUUGUAGUGGUUGCUUCUGGCAAGGGAGGGGUGGGCAAGUCUACUACAGCAGGUCAAAUAAACAUUUCUACCUGUCACCAUAUAUUUGCAUUGUUUUAAAACUCAGUAAGAUCAGUCUUCUGUCUCUAGGGUUGGAGAGAUUGAUUACAGUGGAUACAAAAUGACUUUUAUAAAAUGUGCACAGUAUUUUUUUUGUUACUCUUACACACUGUUAUUUGCCUGAAUCUGUUGGACAAAAUAUUCUUUGUAAGAAAUUCAUAAUAAUAUUAGGGAACUGAUUUUUACUGGAUUGUUUCAGAUUAUUUAUUAUGUUUUUAGCUUUUGGACUUUUUCUUGCUAGCAUCAGACAAUGGGUUAUUUUUCUGUUAUUUUUAUAUAACAUUUUUCAUUAUAAAAAAAAAGACGAAAAAAAACUACAAACAGUACCAACAAAAAAUAAAUGAAAAACAAGUUCAAAAAUAGGGAUAAAUAAGGGACAGUAAAAGCCAUUGGAGGUAAUGCAAGCGUUAGACCCAUAAUACAAGGCAAACCACCAAAAGAGGGAGCAAGGGUGGUGCAGUGGUGAGAGCACUCGCCUCCCACCAAUGUGGCCACGGUUCAAAUCCCAGCGUCAACGCCAUAUAUGGGUUGAGUUUGUUGUUGGUUCUCUCCCUUGCUCUGAGAGGUUUUUCUCCGGGUACUCUGGUUUUCUCCUCUCCUUAAAAACCAACACUUCCAAAUUCCAAUUCAAUCUGGAACGCACGGACACGUUUAAAAGUUCAUAUGAACUCUUAAGUGCUUCGUGGGUAAAAAAGCAAUUUACAGUUUACAACUAUGGUUGUGUGGAAGAAUAUGGGAAUAGAAAGGUGAAUACCCCCAAACCACACAGUUUAGACUAGGUUUUUUCAGUGCUGCUCUUCUGUAUCGAAGAGCACAAAUGACAAGAAAACUCUUUUAUAAAAAAAUAAUUACAUGUAUCUGUCUUUUUUGUUUCAGUUAACUUGGCUUUAGGAAUGCUGGCUAGUGGACAGGUUUGUACAACAAUAAAAUCAAAAUUAAUUUUCCUACAAUGAAAAUCAUCGCAGAAGUGACAGGUUAAUUAUGUUGUGUUAUUCCUGUCCUCCUAGUCUCUACGUGUUGGGCUCCUGGAUGCUGAUGUUUAUGGUCCUUCAAUACCAAAGAUGAUGAACUUGAGUGGAGAGCCAGAGCUGACAAAACGUUAGUUGCAGUUCAAUGUUUAACAACCACUCAAUGCUUUAGUCCCACAGCUUAUAUUUCGUAAAAGACUAAUUAUGCAUGUCAGCUUAUGUAAAGAGAAAGAUGUAAAUUCUUAGCAGUUCAGAAUAUUUCCAUUUUGUUGAUGUGGGUGUCAGUUUUGAAAGCUUUUGUUUCAACAAGCCUGACCAUCCUGGAUGAAUGUGUAUAUAAAUAUAAAUAAAAUAAUUAAUGUGGUAAAUCAUACAGUUAUAUGUCUGAUCUUUUAGUUGAAUAUACAUCUUGUUAGAUUAAUAUAAAUUCUGCCUCUACAAGUAAAAGACAUCUUUUAUUCUCUUGGUAGAAAAUCAGAUGAGGCCUUUGGUAAAUUUUGGUGUGCCUUGGUAAGGACAAUGCUCCUUUCUAAUUCAGUUACUUUAGGUAAACGAUCAGACAGUGUUAUAAUUUCUUUAACUUAAACCUAACUUAUCUGCUUAUUUUCUAUUCAACAUUUCAGUUCCACUAAACAUGACAUAAUUUGUUCAUUCCUUUUAUCCUAAACCACCAGCAACAUGCCUUAGCGGUUUUUGUUUUAUUAGAAUAUGGGCAAAUCUCCUUGUAUGUCUGUGUUAUUGAGGUAGAAACUAUAUCAAGGGGUUUGGUUUUUGGGCCACCAGAACUGUCUGUAAUUAAGAUCAAUAUUCAGUAUAUUAUUCUCCAGGGAUGUCACUAAGAUUUCAAGUUGCCAGGUAAAGACAACAAGUAGGCAGGGAAUAAAACAGCUAAGGAUUUCUUUUGGUUCUAUUUUUCUUCUAUAGACCUUUGUCACAUGACGACCUUUUGUUUCAGGAGAUUUAAAAAGCUUUGUUUAUGCAUGGCUAGCCUUGUUCUCUCUACGAGGCUAGCCAUGCAUAAUCUCCUGAGACAAAAUGGCCUCUGCGUGACAAAGGUCCAUUUUCCUAUGAAAGUAGCUGGGGCCAUGUUUGUGGUAGUAGCAGGGAGAAAUGCCUGGCCCCUGCCUCUAAAUUUUAUGACGGCCCUGAUUCUCUAAUGACACUUUCUGUUAUUAUAGCAUUCUUAUCCAUAAUGCAAGUAUGGCAGUUUCAACACCAUGGUGUUGCAUUUGUGAAGCAGUGAAUUAAAAAAUUUGGUUUUAUCAAUUAGGUUGAUAAAGUCAGUUUGCCUCCUUAAAAAGAAUCAAAAGUGGAUGGUUAGACUACUAGCCCUUGCAUCAAAGGGAAAUUGAAUUUACUCUGUUAAAGGGAUAGUCCUUAUGGAACUUCAGCUUGGCAAAUUUUCUUUCCUCUUGCUUUUAUCAAAAACAUUAUCCAGAUUUUUGUAUUUGUCCCAUGUGUAGUUUACAAAUCAGCAUCAAUAAAUACUGUACAAAAGCCUUUCUUAAAAGUAUCUUUUUUGUUUUUGUUUGCUUCUUUUUUUGAAGUAUGUCAAUGGGAUUUCUUGUGGAGGAAGGAGCUCCAAUUGUGUGGCGAGGACUCAUGGUAAGCUGAACCUUUAAAUGAUUGUGUUUUUUAUUCCGCUCAUGAAUAAAGGAAAAUUUAAAUUUGCUUUUAGGGAUUAAAACAACCUUGUUAUGACCUUACUUUGAUGGGUUCUGUUUCUCCUUUUUUCUUCUUGACCCCCUCCACAGGUCAUGUCUGCUGUUGAAAAGCUUUUACGACAGGUGGCCUGGGGAGAACUAGAUGUCUUAGUGAUUGACAUGCCGCCAGGCACUGGAGACACGCAGCUGUCUAUCUCACAACAGAUUCCUAUUUCAGGUCAGCCAGUUGAAGAAACAACUUAUCUGGUUACGAAAACAAAGCCUGAAAAAAAUUGCCCAUAUCUUUCCAAUAAUAAUAUAGCAUAUUAUGUUGAAAUUAAAAUAAAAACCUUUUUGUUGCCUUUAAAUUUGGUCUUAAACCUAAUAGUGAUGUUUUGAUGUUAGUGUAAUGAUAAUGCUUUGUUGAUGAUUCUAGGUGCUGUUAUAGUCACAACUCCUCAAGACAUUGCACUGCUCGAUGCUCGAAGGGGAGCUGAAAUGUUUAGGAAAGUUCAUGUGCCAGUAAGUUAAUGCUUUAUUGGGCACAAAAAAAAUACUCUUGGAGAAUAUUGUGUCCCCAAAUCUCAAGUUGUAAGCCCUUUCCAUUCCCCAAAAAUUAGCAGCCGUGAUGUAGCCAGCUUGAAGAUGCAACAGUUAAUAACAUGGCUUCUUCAUCAUCGAUUCUUUCAGUGUUCUUCAUAUAGCAAGCAUUCAUCCCUGCCUCUCUUUUUUUCCUGUUUACACUGUAGCUAAAAAGCUUUUAAUUACCUCCAGAAACAUUUUUUGUGACAAAAUAAAAGUACUGAUUAAAACAGCGACGUUUUUGAACAUUCAACUACGAGAUGGGGUCAAUGUGUUGAAGGGUAAAUAAAAGACAUUUAGCUUUGUAUCUGAAAAGAACAUUUCUCUACUUUUCUUCCUGAAGGUGCUUGGAUUGAUCCAAAACAUGAGCCAUUAUGUGUGCCCCAAGUGUCAACACAAAGCAUACAUAUUUGGACAAGAUGGAGCUUGCAAUGUUGCCAAAGAAAUGGACAUGGAGCUCUUGGGUAUGUUUAUACAUGAGCUUCGCUGUUUUAUAUGGGAACAUGGUGGCUUAGCAGUUAACACCUCAAACUUUGAGCCUUUAGGUCCUGGUUCAAGUCCUGUUAUUGACUGAUGUUCCAAUUUGGUGCUUCAUGCGACAGAAACUGGGUUAAGCUCUAACCUUAUGAGUCUGAUGGCUCUUGGGUGCUUUUACCAGCCUUAGUGGUAGUUUAUAUUACCACAAUGACUUAAUUAUCUGAAAAUAAAUGAAAUUCAAUAACUAAACUAAAACAGGAAUAAAAUAUAAAUCUAUAUCUGGUGCAACCAGUUUUCCCAAGAAGAAUGAUGAACAAAUUAGAAAGGAAUGUUGAUUGUAGAAACCUCAAAUGCUUCCAGAGCCUUAUUGGUUUGAACAUGUAUACCAAAACCAAAAAAUGAUACCCUCUUUCCAAAUGCAAAACCUCAUGUCUGACAUCAGCUUUGAAUGGUUACUUGUUAAUUGCUAUGAACAAUGUUUUUUUGUGCUAAACUCCAUUCACAUUGAAAAGACAAGAAUCACAACGCUGUACAUGUUCUUUUGUGUCAAACAGAACCUAUUAAUGACACCGUAUGUUCUGGGUUGCUUUAUGUUUUUGUAGGUGAUAUUCCUCUCCAUAUUGACAUAAGAGAAACAGCAGAUUCAGGAAAACCCAUUGUAGUUUCUCAGCCAGACUGUCUGCAGGUACAGUGUACUACACCUGAUAUUGUUUUAAAACAGCACCAAGCAAAUUCUUAACUCCAUUAUUAAAGAGAGAAACAAGACUAAAGGAACAUAGGAUUAAAGAAACAUAACCAAUUCUCCAUUGUCUUUUCUGAAACAGAGUAAAGCUUAUAAGACCAUUGCAAGUCGCAUCUUGGAAAAGCUUCCCCUGUAAAAGAGGUAUCAACUUUGAAGCGAUAUACUGGUUAGUAUUCAGCUGCUGUUCAGCAGUAAGUGACUGUAAUGUCCUAAACAGUCUCGUUCCACCAUUAUCAUUACUUCAUGCCAACAAAGCAAGUGGUGAAUAGGAUGGGAAAAAUUGAGGAUUGACUUGAAGGCAAGAUGCAAAACCAACAUUGUUGAAAAGAAGUUCAUAAAUUCCAAAAAUCCUAAGCUAAGUAAUAGGACAGGAAACAUGGUGCUCUAACAAAAUCCUAAAGACAAAGCACAGUCCUGGGAAAUAAAGAAAUUUUCAACUACAGAAGAUCUCAACAAAAAUACAUGACAUUUAGGUUUAUGGCAAAAAGCUUCAAACCACAUAUGGAAAAAAGUUUUGGUCAUUCAUUAUUUCAGAUGUAAUAGUGUAAUACUGUACAUGAUAAUAAUAAUAAUAAUAAUAAUAAGUAAUGGUAACAGGACUGAGUGGAGUCC